GGAGGUUCUGCGUUUGCAUACGGAAUUCGAUUUUAUCGUGUUUGAUCUCGCACAGCAUCUAGAAAUCUCUAUCCGUCGAAGAGAAAUUUAUCCAGAACAUGGCGUUGAAUCCUCAGCUGUUUCCCAGUGGGAUGCCAGUGCCCUUCGUCAGCGAGUUGUUUGUGCUGGCUAGAGAUGGCGUCGAGUUUGAGAUCGACAAGAUCCCUGGCACACAAGGUGGAAAUGUCAAAGCAAAAGGAACCAUUUACUUGUCUAAUAUUCGCAUGGUUUUUGUUGCAAGCAAACCUGUUGGGAAUUUAGUUGCCUUUGAUAUGCCUCUGCUUUAUGUCCAUGAUGAAAAAUUCAACCAGCCCAUAUUCUUCUGCAACAACAUAUCCGGUCAUGUUGACCCUGUUGUGCCAGAAAAUGAACAUCGGGCUCUUUAUUCAACCCACUCAUUCAAAAUUCUUUUCAAGGAAGGUGGUUGUGGAACUUUUGUGCCUCUUUUCUUCAACCUAAUAGCAUCUGUCCGGCAAUAUAAUCAACAUGCUCGUGCUCAUGCUGAGGCACAGCCUCGCGUGGAUCCUCUACAAGCAGCACAAACUCCAGUUGACGAGAUGAUGAGACAUGCGUAUGUCGAUCCCAAUGAUCCUACAAAAAUUUUCUUGCAGCAGCCAAAUUCAGAGGCUCAGUUGAGACGGCGCACGUACCAUUCGCAAAAUGCUGAAAACUCGAUAUGAUGUGGUAACAAUGUACAGCUUUAUAUGCAUUGAAGUUGAUGUCGUCAUGUUUGCAUAUUAGUGCUUAUGUUUGUGAGACAAUAGCUGCUUUCUCUCUCUCUCUCUCUCUCAAUGGGAUAUAAUAAACGGACCCCUGGCAGGAUUCAUGGAUUGAUUUACUGCAAUUGUAAUAUGAAUGUUUUAAAUGGAGCAUGCAUGUGUGCUUGUAAUAGGUUUAUGUGCAUAUUAUUGAGUUAGUUUUUUAUAGUUCUAGGCUAUCUAUUGUAACAAAAUCUUUAUUUCUUCCGAAAAUAGAUUGCAUGCUUUGUGUUA